GAGGGCGCAACGAUCUGGAAGUGUUUGAAAUCGGGACUUUUGGGGGCUGUGAGAAGUUCUCGCCGUUCUAAGGUGCAGUAAUUUUAGAAGUCUGUCGAAAAGAGAACGUAGGAAGCUAAUAAACAGGUAUGCUACUCUCGAGUAAAACCUUGUAAAGCCAAGCCAACCAAGCACCAACCCAAAAGCGGAAGGUCGGCGCCAUUGCCGUGGAUCCUCUACCGCCUCUACCCCUGGCACAUGGUUCUGCAGAUGUUCCUCCGGUCCUUGAGGCUUCCAAUCUUCCUGGCAUCUAGAGUUUUGUCGGCACGUCCUGCUUCAAACAUGACGGUCAGGGAGCAGCCCUUCGACUACUUCCUGGUCCUGGACUUCGAAGCGACCUGCAGUAGAGAGAAACCGCCUCCGCACCCGCAGGAGAUCAUAGAGUUCCCGGUGCUGAAAGUGAACGGGCGAAGCUUCCAGGUGGAGUCCACUUUCCACCAGUACGUCCAGCCCAGGGUUCACAGAGAACUGAGCUCCUUCUGCACCGAGCUCACCGGCAUCAUUCAAGAUAUGGUGGAUGAGCAGCCUUUCUUUGAAGAAGUUCUUGAGAAGUUCCACCAGUGGAUGUGCAGUGAGGGUCUCCUGGGACCUCCAGAGAAGCGGGUGGCCUUCGUCACCUUCGGAGACUGGGACCUGCAGAAAAUGCUACCUUCCCAGUGCUCAUACUUCAAGAUUCCCGUGCCAGAGUACCUAACCAGCUGGAUCAACCUCAAGAAGGCCUUUGUGGAGGCCACUGGCCACUGGCCCAAGACCCUGCCCGAGACCCUGGAGUACUGCAGACUGGAGCAAGUUGGGAGGCACCACAGUGGCAUCGAUGAUUGCCACAACAUAACGUCUGUCUUGCGUUGGCUUGCUGAGAAGGGUCACAUAUUCCGGAUUACCGGCCACCUGCCAUCGAGAACGGCCGGCAAGACCUCAUUGGCAGGACCAUCUCCCUCGUUAUAGUGCCACCAAAUUUAGGUUAAAAGUCUUAUUGCAAAUCCCUUCUCUGCUAUUGAUGUGCAGCCCUACAAAUCUCCUACACCCAUAUUAGAACCCAUUGGAGGUGGCUGUCGUUCGACAAAGACCGACUGCAGUGGCACCGAUUGCCAUGAUUUGCGUGCAUUUACACAUUUCGAGACGAUCCAAAUAAAUUGUCCAUUUUUCGCCACAGUGCC